CGGAGCGCGAGCGAGCCCGCUGCUCACCUGCCGCCGAGCGACUCACCUGCUGCGGGGCGCGCGCCCCGCGCCAUCCCGGCCCACUCCCGAGCGGCGCCACCGCCCCUCGCCGCCGCGGGCACCAACCAACGCCGACAUGCAACACGAGUAGCCCGCGCUCUUCGGAAGCACCAGAGGAGCCCCCCGAGGCCUGGGCGUGCUAAGAGGACAGGGGUUAAAAUGAAUGAAGACCUGAAGGUCAAUUUAAGCUGGCUGCCUCGGGAUUAUGUAGAUGCGAGUGCCACGGAGAACAUCUCAGCCGCUGUCUCCUCCCAGGUUCCUGUUGUCGAGCCGGAGCCGGAGCUUGUCGUCAACCCCUGGGACAUUGUCCUGUGUACCUCAGGAACCCUCAUCUCCUGUGAAAAUGCCAUUGUGGUCCUUAUCAUCUUCCACAACCCCAGCCUUCGGGCACCCAUGUUUCUGCUGAUAGGCAGCCUGGCUCUGGCAGAUCUGCUGGCCGGCAUUGGGCUCAUCAUUAAUUUUGUUUUUGCCUACCUGCUUCAAUCAGAAGCCACCAAGCUGGUCACCAUCGGACUCAUUGUCGCCUCUUUCUCCGCCUCUGUCUGCAGCUUGCUGGCUAUCACUGUUGACCGCUACCUCUCGCUGUAUUACGCUCUGACGUACCAUUCAGAGAGGACAGUCACGUUCACCUAUGUCAUGCUGGUCAUGCUGUGGGGGACCUCCAUCUGCCUGGGGCUGCUGCCUGUCAUGGGCUGGAACUGCCUGCGGGAUGAGUCCACCUGCAGUGUGGUCAGACCUCUCACCAAGAACAACACCGCCAUCCUUUCGGUCUCUUUCCUCUUCAUGUUUGCGCUGAUGCUUCAGCUCUAUAUUCAGAUCUGUAAGAUUGUGAUGAGGCACGCCCAUCAGAUAGCUCUGCAGCACCACUUCCUGGCCACGUCCCACUAUGUGACCACCCGGAAAGGGGUCUCAACCCUGGCUAUCAUACUGGGGACCUUUGCUGCUUGCUGGAUGCCUUUCACACUCUAUUCCUUGAUAGCCGAUUACACCUACCCCUCCAUCUACACCUAUGCUACCCUCCUGCCUGCCACCUACAAUUCCAUUAUCAACCCUGUCAUUUAUGCUUUCAGAAACCAAGAGAUCCAGAAAGCCCUCUGCCUCAUUUGCUGUGGCUGCAUCCCAUCCAGUCUGUCUCAGAGAGCACGGUCACCCAGCGAUGUGUAGCCCCUCCACCUAGGGGAGACACUGGCUAUGCCACCCACUUCCACAGCUGCCAGGAUGGUUAACAUGCUUCCCUUAAAUUCUUUCAUUGGAUUCUCUCUCAAGCCACAGCAGCACUUAGCAUUGGUGAAGCUAAGACCUCAUUUAGUUAAAGUUAAGUGAUUAAAGUGAGAAUGAUGUUACAGUGUUGUCACCCUUUUAAAACAUUGUGGACUUCUCUGCUCAUCAUUAUUUUGUUUUGUUUUGUAUUUUAUUUGGGGGUGUGUUUUUUAUAUUUUGUUUGGAGGGAGUGGUAGGUGGGAAAGAAAGAGAUUUGACUGGGCUAUGAUAUUAUAAAAAUUUAAGUAAAGAAGUUAUGAGUUCUUAAGAUGGAAAAAGAA